CACUCUUAUAAGAAUUUCGCAGCUCUCAAAGCCACCUCCAGAUCUCAAAUCACACUGAAAAUGGGCGGUGAAGAAGUGCAAAUGAUUCCCGAAUCCGCCUUAAAGAAGAACAAGAGGAACGAGGAAUGGGCAGUGGCUAAGAAGCAAGAGCUCGAAGCUUCUAAGAAGAAAGCCAAAGAAAGCCGCAAAUUGAUUUUCAAUCGGGCUAAGCUUUACGCCAAGGAGUAUGAUCAACAGCAAAAGGAGCUGAUUCAGUUGAAGCGUGAGGCUAAGUUGAAAGGAGGGUUUUAUGUUAACCCUGAAGCUAAGCUGUUGUUUAUCAUCAGGAUUCGUGGUAUCAAUGCUAUUGACCCAAAGACCAAAAAGAUCUUGCAGCUCUUGCGUUUGAGACAGAUUUUCAAUGGUGUAUUCCUAAAGGUGAACAAGGCAACAAUAAAUAUGUUGCAUAGGGUUGAGCCAUAUGUGACUUAUGGAUACCCUAACUUGAAGAGCGUCAGAGAAUUGAUUUACAAGAGGGGCUAUGGAAAAGUGAACCAGCAGAGAAUUGCAUUAACUGACAAUUCAAUUAUUGAGCAGGUUCUAGGUAAGCAUGAAAUCAUCUGCGUGGAGGAUCUGAUCCACGAAAUAUUGACUGUCGGACCACACUUCAAGGAGGCAAACAACUUCCUAUGGCCUUUUCAGCUCAAGGCUCCUUUGGGAGGCAUGAAGAAAAAGAGAAACCAUUAUGUUGAAGGAGGUGAUGCAGGAAACCGAGAAGAUUUCAUUAAUGAGCUAAUCAGAAGGAUGAAUUAGAUUUCUUGUGAUACUUUGUUGGCAUUUUUGAGACUUGCUGUUUACUGUAAGAUUGCAUCGGAGUUGAUAAGACAUAAUUUUGCAGUUUUAAAUUAGUGGUUUUGUUCUGUUUCUUUGGCAUCUAUACUAUACUUUCAUCAAGUAGUAAAUGCAUUUUUCGUGCGAA